AUGAAGAUCGCUUCUACCUCCCUCUUUUCACUCUUGCCUGCUUUGGUGCAGGCUGGGGUCAUUGACCGACGCCAAACCGGGGACGGACCUGGUGGCUCAGCCGACAGCACCCAAGGCGACCUGGGUGAACGCCCUCCUCCGCGAUUUCCAUUCCCAGUCACCAAGUUCCCUGUAGCCAAGGAGACCGUUGUCCUGGAACAGACAAUGUACAUUCUUCCCGGUCAGGUUUUUGACGGUGAGGGCACGGAUGCUGAUGCUGUCUUCAACCUCCUGCCGGGCUCGACCAUUCGCAACGUCAUCAUCGGCAAGCAUCAAGCUGAAGGCAUCCAUGCACUGGGUGACGCUUGGGUUGAGAAUGACAACUCCCUGGGCGGCAAGUACAACAUCACCGGCUUCUACGCUGAGAAUUUUGGGAUCAAUCCAAACUACGGCGACGAGUUCCGUCUCAAGAAUGCACAGCUUCAAGACCUGGAAGUCAUCGUGGACAAGGAAAUUGCCAACAAUGUCCAGACAGUUCCUUACACCAUCGGCAAUGGUCCAGAUCUCAAGUACGCCUUAUAUAAUGAGACCAGAGACGCGAUCACGGAUUAUGAUGGAGAGGUCUUGAAUGCUUACGAGCCUGAAGAACCUUAUGAGUGGCUCGAGGAUUUCUGGCCCGAGGGCUUUAACUAG